AUGUAUGCUAAUUGUACAGGCCCAGGAUUUAGUCUUCAUUCUGAUAUCGUCAUGCCUUAUAUAGCAAACUAUGGCUCAAAAGAGCAGAUUGAAAGGUUCAUUCCAGAAAUGGCAGCAGGCAGAUGUAUUGGUGCGAUAGCUAUGACAGAACCGGGAGCUGGAAGGACACGGCUGAGCUGUUUUUCGAAGAUGUCCGCUUGCCUGCCAGCGCACUCCUUGGCCAGGAGAACAAAGGCUUCUAUUAUCUAAUGUCGGAGCUUCCCCAGGAAAGGCUCUUGAUCGGUGAUAUUGCGAUUGCUAGCUGUGAAUUCAUGUUUGAAGAAACAAGAAACUAUGUUAAACAACGAAAAGCUUUUGGGAAAACAAUUUCACAUUUACAGACUGUGCAACACAAGUUAGCAGAAUUGAAAACACAGAUUUGUGUAAGUCGGACAUUUUUGGAUAAUUGUAUUGAUCUUCAUUCACGGAAAUGCCUGGAUUCUGCUACUGCUUCAAUGGCUAAAUACUGAUCUUUUGUGGAUUCUCGUGUUCAGCCAAUUUAUGGUGGUACCAAUGAAAUAAUGAAAGAGCUCAUUGCAAGAGAUAUUGUAAGCAACAAUUAGAUGCAGUUCCAUUGUACCUGAUAGAAAAUUAAAUUUCACAAAGACAAAAUCCCAACAACUGAAGAAAUGGAAUAAUCUUUUAAAAGUUGUAAAAUAAUAACAAAAAACUGUUUCUCAGGUUGACCUUUAAUGUUCAGUAUUAACUCACUGUCUUUGAUGAUAUAAAUUCUUAUUAAACAA